GGGGAGGGGGGCGGGGCCGCUAUAAAGCACCGGAGCCUCAGAUGUGGAUCCUCAGAGAAGCUCUGGUCCUUCAGCAGCUCACAGCUCCUCUGAACACUUUCAGCUGCAGGAUGGACGGAAAGGUCUGGAUCCUGUCGGUCACGUGCUCCUGGAUCUUCUGYACAGCUCUGUCCGCUCCCGCCGCAGACGUCAGCCCGCUGCGCCACGUGCGCAACAAGCGCUGCUCCUGCGCCUCUUUCCUGGACAAGGCGUGCGUCUACUUCUGCCACCUGGACAUCAUCUGGGUCAACACACCUGAGCGCGUGGUCUCCUACGGGCUGGGGAACGCGCCCCGGGCCAGGCGCGCGCUCACCGACUCUGAAACCGGCUGGCCGCGUCUGAGAACCGGACCGAACCUGCGCGAACUUCUGCUUCAGGUUGGAGACCGCGGCGGACUCCGCGCAGAGACACGAGACAAACAGGACGGAGGAGGUAAACAACAAUCUGGCUCCGCCCCCAGCGCUUCGGGUCGCAGCCAGAACCCGAACCCUGCUGGAGAAGUGGGCGAAGGUGAGACGGCGGCACCGGGCCAGAGCGUGGAGAGGCGAGAGCACCUGGACCCGUUUGGUCUCACAAGGACGAGGAGGGACCGUGUCCCCCCAAGACCUCAGAACCUGAAACAGAUCCUGGGUUUCAUGUCCAACAGGAGACGAAAAAAGUGAUCCAGAAUCUCUGACCCGGAUCCUCGAGGAGCUUCAGAUCCACAGAAAACUGGUUUGUUCCGGUUUUAAAAGCUGAAGCUGCGGUUCUGAUCAGGAACCACGGACCUGAUACCAGAACCGGGACUUGAAUCCUUCAUCCUGGACUAAAAAAACCACAGCUGGACGUUUGAACCUGACGUCCCUGGAUUAAUAAUCCCAGAUUAUAGGUUCACCUGAAGACGUUUUCUGUGAUCCGUUCAGAACCGGAGGAACUGAACCGGUUCAGAUUUUAUUUAUGUUUCACUGAAAGUUUCUGUUAUUUAUUUAUGGUUCUGGUCCACAUUGGUCCGAUGGCUCAUUUCUGUGAAAUGUUGGUUCUGUCCCUGCAGGGCCCGGUUCGGGCCCRACUAAUAAAUGUUGCUUUUAUUUAA